GUCUGUGUGGCAGUUUCGUAAGCGCUCCGCAGCUGUAGCACCCCCGGAGGAAGAGGAGGAGGAGGAGGCUUGUCCUUCCUUCCAGCGCUCAGCCGAACAUGGCACCUACGUGUGCGCUCUUCCUGAGCGCCUUGGUGCUGCUGGUUCCGGAGGGGGCGCGCGGCGUGGAGCGGGUUUACCAUGUGGGGAUCAUCGAGGACGCGUGGGAUUACGCGCCCAGCGGGAAGAACCUGCUCACCGGGGAGGCCGUGGAAAAGGACGCACACGCUCAGGUGUUCCUGGAGAGAGGGCCGCAGAGGAUUGGCAGCAUUUACAAGAAGGCCAUGUUUCGGGAGUACACGGACGCCUCCUACACCCGGCUGGCUCCUCGUCCUGAUUGGCUGGGCUUCCUGGGGCCCAUACUGCGAGCUGAGGUGGAUGAUGUCAUCGUCGUCCACCUGAAGAACUUUGCAAGCAGGAGCUACUCCAUGCACCCUCAUGGUGUUUUCUACAAGAAGGACUCAGAGGGGGCGCUCUACCCAGACAGGACGUCAAGUAUUUUAAAGCAGGACGACUCUGUUCCGCCGGGGGGUAGCUACACAUAUCGCUGGGAGGUCAGACAGGAGUUCGCCCCUACUGAUGACGACGCCAACUGCCUGACUUGGGUCUACCACUCCCACAUAGACGCCCCCAAGGACAUUGCCUCAGGGCUUAUCGGAGCACUUCUUACCUGCAAGAAAGGAACCCUAAAGGAGAGCAGGGAGCUAAUGAACAGGUCUGCUCGAAACGAUGUGGACCAGGAUGUGUUCCUGAUGUUCAGUGUGGUGGAUGAAAACCUGAGCUGGUAUCUAAUGGACAACAUUCAGAAAUGUCUUGAUCCAAAGGACGUCAACGAAGACGACCCAGACUUUGAGGAGUCCAAUCUGAUGCACGCCAUUAAUGGCUUUGUGUUUGGGAAUCUGCCCGGGAUCGAGUUGUGCCAGCACCGAGCCGUGGCCUGGCACUUGUUCGGCAUGGGCAAUGAGGUGGACAUUCACUCCGCCUUCUUCCACGGGAACACCCUGCUGGACCGCGGCCACCGCACCGACACCCUCAGUCUUUUUCCCGCAACCUUUGCCACGGCUCAGAUGGUCCCGAAAGCAGCAGGGAAGUGGCUCCUGACCUGCCAGGUUAACGACCACUUGCAGGCUGGAAUGCAGGCCUUUUACACGGUGCGGUCAUGUGACAGUGGGGCUGUCUCCACGGCAACGAGUGGCGUGGUGAGGGAUUUCUACCUGACUGCAGAGCCUGUCCUGUGGAACUAUGCUCCCUCUGGAAAGGAUUUGACCAAAAACGCAUCUCUCACUGAAGCAGACAGCGCCUCCGAGGUCUUCUUCGGGACAAGUAAAGGAAGGCUAGGAGGCACGUAUAGGAAAGUGACAUACAGAGAGUACACAGACAGCACCUUCACCCAACCAAAACCAAGGACACCAGAAACAGGACACCUGGGAAUUUUGGGUCCAGUUCUGAGGGCAGAGCAGGGAGACAUUAUCAGGGUGACGUUCAUGAAUAAAGGUGAUAGAAACUACAGCAUUCAGCCUCAUGGCCUUCACUAUGACAAACAGUUCCAGGGAAGCAGCUAUGAAGAUGGUGUUGACAAACCGGGUUCCCACGUUGGCCCCGGUGAAACCUUUACCUACAACUGGAAGGUUCUGGAUGGCCCGUCUCCAUCUGACCCCCCCUGCAUACCCUACCUGUACUAUUCUGCCACUGAUCCCUCCAGAGACACCAACACAGGACUGGUCGGACCUCUACUGGUGUGCAAGAAAGGAGCGCUGGGGCCAAACGGAGUCCAGAGGGGUGUGGAUAAGGAGUUCUUCCUUCUUCUCUCUGUGAUGGAUGAAAACCUGAGCUGGUACUUGGACAACAAUAUUCAUCAGUUUGGCAAAAAUACGGACUUCGAGGAUGAAGGAGUCUUUGAAGAGAGCAACAAAAUGCACGCUGUGAACGGAUACAUGUAUGGGAACCUUCCCGGACUGGUGAUGUGUGCUGGGGACAGGGUUGUAUGGUACACCUUCGGGCUGGGGACGGAGACGGACAUCCACGGUGUCUACUUUGAGGGAAAUACCUUUCAGAGACAGAGCACAACCCGUGACACUGUGAGCCUUUUCCCCCAUACGGCGGCAGCUCUCAGCAUGCUCCCAAAAACUCCUGGCGUGUUUGAGGUGAGCUGCAGAACAACUGAUCACUACUCAGCAGGCAUGAGGCACCGCUACAAAGUCGAUGCGUGCCCAGAUAAAAAAGUGAGGCACGCCAAUGCGGAGCCCACCAGGGUGGUGAAGUAUUUUAUCAGCGCGGAGGAAAUGGAGUGGGACUACUCCCCCGAGAGAGUCUGGGAGCUGGAGAAGCACAACGCCUCAGCAGAAGACAGUCCAGGCAGUAUAUUUGUGGAGAGAGGAGUGGACCGGAUUGGCUCCCGCUAUAAGAAAGUGGUCUACAGAGAAUACACUGAUGACACCUUCAGAGUUCAAAAGAAACAGCAACCUAAUCAGCAACAUUUGGGCAUUAUGGGCCCCAUAAUCAGAGGAGAAGUAGGAGAGCAGAUUCUCAUCACCUUCAAGAAUAAAGCCAGUCGACCGUACUCCCUCAGCGCACACGGGGUCAGGGCAAGUGGAUCCCACAUUUCUGUCUCGCCUGAUCAUGUUCUGGUGUUGACCUGGGAUAUUUUAGAAAGUUCUGGUCCCGGGCCUUCAGAUCCUAACUGCAUCACCUAUGCUUACUACUCCACUGUUGACUUCAUCAAGGAUCUGUACAGCGGGCUUUUGGGCCCUUUGGUUGUGUGCAGACCCCGGACUCUGAAUAACGGCGAGGGCUCCGACAGGCAGAGGACAGACGUAGAUCGGGAGUUUGCACUGCUCUUCAUGGUGUACGAUGAAAACAAGUCCUGGUACUUUGACGACAACAUCAGAACAUACCUGGGUGUUGACCCUGAAACUUAUGAGGGAGAUGAAGACUUUGAGGAGAGUAACCUGAUGCACAGCAUUAAUGGCAGACUGUACGGGAACCUCCAUGGACUGGUGAUGACACAGGGCCAGAAAGUAGACUGGUAUCUGUUGGGGAUGGGCAACGAGGUGGACAUGCACACCGUUCACUUCCACGCAGAGACUUUCACCUAUAAGACGGAUCGUGUGCACCGUGCAGACGUGUUCGAUCUGUUCCCCGGGACUUUCCAGACGGUGGAGAUGGUUGCUGGAAACCCGGGCACGUGGUUACUUCACUGCCAUGUAACUGACCACAUCCAUGCUGGGAUGGAGGCCACGUUCACUAUCGAAAAUAAAAGUUCAAACAAUCGAUCUGCAAGAGGUGCUGCUCCUGGACGUGAAGUCUCCCUAAAGGUGCUGCUCUUCUCACUAGGAGUUGCUUGUCUACUCGCUGGGACUCUUCUCCACUGAUAAAAGACUGAAAGGACAGUAAAUAACGCAUGUCCUCCCCAUGGAUUUGUACUCUUUUCUGUAAAUAGAGCUUGUUUUUCAACCAACAUACACUCCUGCUUACACUUCAAGGUCCUUACAUUUAUCAGAAAUAAAGAUCUAUUACAAAAAGCUUUAUGCUUUAAGAUAAGUUGCACUGAGGAGACUACUGACAGGUGAACUUUCAUUUUUUUGUAAAGAAGUGCUUUAAAAAAAUAUUGGGAGUUCAAGUGUGCAAUAAAAACAUUUAUUUAAA